UUCGAUAUAUAAAAAAUUAAAAUCAUACUGUAAAUGAGUUUGUUUUGCAUUUUAUGUAAAAAAGUGAGAUAUCUGGUUUGGAAUGAUAGCAGUUAUAUAUUUAUAUUAAGUUCUAUCAAAUGAACACAAAACAUACAAACAUACAAAAAAAUCAUUUGUGUUUCAUAUUCAUACUCACAAAAGGAAACCCUAAAACGUUGUAAUCAAACUUAUACUCAUAAUUCUUUAGAAUACUCUCUGCUCUAUUGGUACCACGUAAAAUACAAAUUUUGCGUAGCUUCCUACAAAGACGUUUUUACUUACGAAGUUAAAGUAAUUUUUGCAAUAUACACGAAAAAAAAAAUAAAGAAGUGAUAAUGUUUAAGUGAUAAUAAUAAAUUAACUGAAAAUGGGAAAGGGUAUCGAAACGUAGUAAUGUCAGCUACUGAGUAAUUAUGUGUACUUAUUUUAUAAAGAUAAAUAACAAAAUUUUAUUAAUGGCAUCCUAAGUAAUAAGCGCUUGGUUUAGUAAAUUCGGGAAAAUUGUGCAAUAAUAAUAACCGGUAAAGUCGAAAUGCUUCACUCUUUUUACUUUUAAAUUCUUUUAUUCUUCAUAUUUCAGGUUAGGAUAAAGAUAUUGACAAGCGGUUUUCACUGGCCUGAUGGGACCUCAUUUGACUAUCUGUCCACGGUGAAGUCAUACCGUUGCAUUUAUUAUUUUUGCAAAAAAUAUAUUUUUUUGCGAAUAUAUCAGAAAAUGCCACCUGGUGGCAAACAGCAAUGGUGUCACAUAUAGCACGAUUGAUAGCCCAGUAAAAGCAUUUUUUAAAGACUCCAUGUGUAUUAAAAUGCGUUAAGCCUUUGUAUGUUAUAUUAUGACAUUAUUAACGAAAAUGUCCGAACACCCCACCACUUUGCUUUAGAGCAAACAGUAUUAAACAAAAAAGAUUAAAAUUUGUCAUAAACUAUAUUAGAAAUUUUUGUAGAAACAGUUUUAAAAAUCUUGAAGAUUUCCAGCACUUUCGCUUGGCUGAAUUACUUAUUUUUUUUUUUUUUGCAAAUUUCUAUAUGUCCGACCCUUCGCUCGGUACAUUUGAGUACAUUCAAAGUCAAGAAACCCUUUUAAAUUUACUUUUACUGACUGAGAGUGUUAAAUCAGCGCAAAUCACGUGGGACAUUAGGGCGUCCGCCAAAAGCCACAGGGAAAUGCAAGUCUGGAUACCAGGGUUAUUCAAUUAGCAGCGCAUAUAGCCGCCAAAUGGAUUUGAAAUUGCUUUCUAAAUCAAUAAACAAAAAGGACAGCGUUCAGGUGUAUAAAAGGCGUACGUCUGAUCCUGGAUAAUUCAGUAGGUUCUGUUCUAUUGUUAAAGUGCUGCGUUUAUAUAGCAAAAGAAAAUGAAGUUUGCAAACAGCCAGUUUGUUGCAAUCCUUAUUGUCCUCAGCGUAUUGUUCUACAUGUUUUCUGUAACUGAAGCCACUUAUAGAAAACCCCCAUUUAACGGGUCAAUAUUUGGGAAAAGAUCUGGACUGAAUACCGAAUAUGAAGCGGCGAGUAAGGCUCUGUCGGCAAUGUGCGAAAUAGCAAAUGAUGCGUGUCAGUCAUGGUUUCCAUCCCAAGAAAAGUGAAGAAAAGGCUACCCCAACUACUUCGAAAAUUACCUAUAUACGACAAUAAGAAUUAUGUCAAUUUUCUAAAAUUAAAAUAAUCCACAAUCAAACCUUAGUAGUUAAUAACAUUCACGUGUCCUUUGCUCCAGGAUAAAAAGAUAACCAAAUAAUUAAGCAACAAGUUUCAUAAAAACGCCAUUUUAUUCACACGAGUGGCUGAAGAAGUUUAUUAAUGUGUUGCAUAGUAUAUUACAUCGCCAACAUAUUCACUGAUUGACGUGAUCAAAAUUAACGAACAGCAAAUGACUAAAAUGUAUCGAAAACAAACCUGUGACUAAAAUACCGGAAAUUUAAGAAGCGACUCACGACCAUGGGUAACUAAGCAGACGUCUUAAGGUGAGUAAGUACUUUAAAUUAUUAUAACUAAUUUUGCAAUAUUUUUCUACUUUAGUCACGCGUUUGGGAGCGUAAAUUUUUGCAAAAUUUAGCCUCUGACGCACUUUUGGGACGAAAUUACCAUAUUGAUAAAAGAAAUAUUCAUCUCUCGUAAGAUAUAAGAGGGAAACCCCGAAAACUAUAAAGGUAUUAACUUAAUCAAUACUUAUCUAAAACUUACC